ACAAGAAGAAUAUGUGAAAACGAAAUAAGGGAGAAAAUUGGUACAGUCCUUAUAUUUUGUUUACGCGGUAUUAUUAACGGCCUUUGCACUUUGGCCCCACAGUACUCGCACCCCUCGGGCUUCAUCGUUUACUCCUCGCGCAAGCAAAACCCUCUUCUUCCAAGAUUAUUUCCUGCCGUGGAUGGCAUUUUCUGUCUCUUCCAAGGGCAUACAGAGAACAUAACCCCUUUAAAACAGCUGUAUGGAUUGACGAAAACAGCUAAUGAAGUUAGCAUCAUAAUAGAGGCAUACCGAACUCCUAGGGACAGAGGUCCUUAUCCUGCUAACCAUGUUGUUCGAGACUUGAAAGGAAAGUUUGCGUUCGAUGCUGAUGGAAGUGUGCCUUUCUUUUGGGGAGUUGAUAUGGAUGAUAGUCUCGUUUUUUCUGAUGAUGAGGCGGUUGUGAAGAAGGCUUGCUGGAAGGUAAUAGCCAUGCCAUUUUUAGUUCACGUUAUCUGAUUUUCUGCAGCUAGGGCUUUUGAUAGUUAUUAUCUGAUUCGUGCCAGAUAUGUGAUGUCUAUCUCUGAUCACAAAUGUAUUUCGACAUUAUUGAUUAUUUUCGAAUUUUAAUGCAAUGAUUUUCAAGAUUGCAAAAGGUGUUAGUGAUGCCCGUUUUAAUGUUUAGCCUUUUAGACUUAUGAGAGAACCCUAUAAUUUUUCAAAAUCAUCCUCUUGAUUUGUAUUUUCCUAACAAAUAUCGAUCCACUCUUGAGCAAUUAGUAUUUUUGGCAACUGAGCGAUUGGGUACAUAUUCGCCUUCUCACAGUUUAUCUUUUACAUGUUUUCUGCAUCAUACUAUUGAUAAUCAUACAAAUUUGCAUCAGUAUCUAAUACUUACUUACUUAAUUGGGCUGCUAUUACUCGUCUUCUGGUGGCUUGAGAAGCUUUGAGUUUGCCCACAAACAAUUGAAGCCAACAGCAUGGGUUGACACUUCAGGUCAGAUUUGUGGGUCAACUUUCAUAUUACACGAGGAGUCUUAAGAAAUAAUCUGGAUUUUUCUCAUAUGGGAGUUGAGAAGAUUGGUCAUCUCAAUGUCGAUAAUGUAUGAUUUUUCUGUGAUGGCAAAGGUUCCUUUGAAUUCUACAUGGUGUGUAUGAGUAACGAUAUGCAUUAACGGUUAUAUAAUGAAAUUCUAUUGUUUAACUAGAAAAUAAA